AUGAGCAUUGAGCUGCAAGAAGAGGCUGAUCAGAACAGAUCGGGUAGCGCUACGAGAUGUCUGGCCGAACCGAAGGCACCGACGCGACCGCCCCAGCUGAGGUCGCCGCAACCGGACCCUGGAGCUCUGCAGCACGCCGCAAAGGGGGCACAAGCCCUGGCGGUCCUCGUCCACCACCUAGUCUACAAUUUGGAUGCUUUUAGUUCUCCGCAGCUUAAAAAAGACUUAGAGAAAAUUAAAUCAAAAUGGUUAAGAUCUCAGUUGGAAUUAGAGGAAUUAAAAGUAAGCUUCAACCGAUUACAAGAAGAAUACAUCUACGAAAAAUCAGAAAAAGAAAAAGAAUUGGAAGAAGUUGAAAACAGCCAUCGUUGUGAAGUUGAAGAAAUGCAUGACAAGUACAAAGAGGAGAUGGAUAAAUUAACGAGAAGCUUCGAACUAUCAAUGAACGAAUUGCAAAGGAAAUUCGAACUCAAGGAAAAAAGGCUAUCAAAGGAUCUUGAGAAACAGCUUGUGCACGCAGAAGAAGCUCACAUUAGCGAGAAGGUAGCAUUGCAAGAAAGAUGUAAGAAAUUAGAGGAAUUGGAAGCAAAAGUAAAAUCCUAUGAAGAAGCCCAAAGGUACUUUGAAGCAAGGGAAUCUGAACUCCUUCAGCAAGUCGAAGACAUGCGAGGCCGAUACGAAAACCUUAAAGAAGGGAUGCAAAUUUCUGCACAGAAUGCAGAAACAAAAGCCAAGCUUUCCAAGAGGACUUCAAGCUGCAGUUCGCUUCAAGCCGAGGUAGAUUCGCUGCAGUGUGUGCUUGAGCUGAGGUCGACCGAACUCCAAGAGCUAAGGCGUCAGUGCCAGGUCUGGAAAAGAGAUGCCGAGCAACUCCCCGCUGCAAUUCAGAGGGUGUCUACACUCGUUGCAAGGGUGGCCGAUCUUCAAGCACAGAUUGCAAGGAAGGAGGAAAUUGAAAAGCAACUGCAGCAAGAAAAACAGAUACUUUCUGACACAAUUGCCAAGGAAUCUACCCAGAAGAAGAGGAUAUCUUUACAGAAUGAAGAGCUUCAAUGGAAGUUAAAACAGAACAGUCUCGUGUUUAAUGCUCUCGCUGGAAUUUCAAGUCCAAGUUCAAUCAAAAACCAAAAAACACCAAACAGAACACCAAAGUCUCGGUCUAAUAGGUCCUCUUAUGAGUUGAAUAAGACUGCAAGUGAAGCAGAUAUCAAUCUUAGCAGGCUCAGCAUGUGCGAAAAAUCACCGCCAGGCUCGCCAACUGUAAAGUCAGUUAUAGAGAAGACCGAUUCCGUAUCUUGGGUCCUGGACAUGGAAGAACCUCCUGAGUGCGUAGCUUCCAGGAUACUAAGGAAGGCCUUGAGGUCCAAGAGCAUUGGAUCGCCUAACACACCCCACCUCGGUACAUCUCCACUUAAGGUUUCAUGGGAAGCACAAGCAGAAGCCGAGAACAUCACUGAAGAAGUUAUCAUGGUGAAGGGGAUCGGCGGAAGCGAAGUUCUCGAGCUCCUGUCUGUAGACGAUAGCGAAAUAUUCAUAGACGACCUGCCCAAGAGGAUAAAGUCUGAGGAGGAAGCGGAGAUGCUGCGCAGGGUAGGAGAGAGAACAGAGCGCCCGUUGCCGAAGGACUCCGCCGGGGAAGCAAUGAUAUCUGGUGAGGCUUCCGACGACGAGGCACCUUCAGAAUCAGAAGAGGACACCACUAGCUCAGGCCUCUCAGAAGACAAUGGGACUCGCCUGUUCAGGCUGAAUGGUGCCUCCGACUCUGGCAGCCUCAACAUGAGCUGGUCGGAGGAAGUUGACAUCCUUCCGUCUGAGGGAUAGGUGCUUCGACAACUUGGGCCUAAAGUUGCCAACUGAAUAUAAAUAAAUAUUUUUAAAUCAAUGUGUUAUUCUGUAGCUUUGGUAUCCUGCCAGUGUGAAAGCAAUGUGUUAAAAAUUUAGUUCAAGUCUAUACCAAAUGUUUGGUUUAAAUAGUACACUUGAGAUAAUUAUCAAUUACGAUUUGUAAAAUUGUUGUAUCUAGUCUACUUCUUGCUAUUCUUUUGUAUAUAGUGCUGUUUUAAUAUUAAUAUAUAAUUGUUUUAUUAUUAUUUUUAAAUGUUGUUUUUGGGAUAUAUUUGUGAAUAUGUGAGCAUUUUAUAUAAAAACUGGAAGUUGGUUCUACGUCGGCUGUGGUUUGUGCAGAGCGCAAAAGCUCUUCUGAACUGUGUAAUUUCUUUAUUUGAAUUGUUUUAUUGUUAUUUUUUUAAGCAAUAAUCAAAUGAUUGCCACAUUCAGAAAUGUGUUCUAAAUAUAUUUUUUUUAUUGCACUAAUUAUUACAUUUAUAACGAGUUAAUUUUUUAAUGUUUUACACAAGAAAUAUAACUUUCCUUUUAAGGAACUUGAGCCAUAAUAGCGUUAUUAAAUGAUAAUUUAAGAUUUAUUGGCCAUGGUUUAUUUUAUUCUAUAUACAAUUUUAAGGUUGCAAUGGCAUUUGUAAAUUGUGAUUCUUUAUUGUUUUUUUCAAAAAUAUUGUUUUGUGAUUAGAUAUUUUAGAUCCAUUAUUAGUAAAUAAUGAUAAUGUAUAUUUUGUUAUUUUACUGUAGAAAUUAUUAACUGGUAUAUAUGGCUCCAGUCACGUAUUAUAUAUACUCUGUAACUAUCAAAAUCUACUAUCGACCUUUGUAGUUAAAUUUAAGACAAUUGUUUAAAAUAAAAUAAUUUACAAAUAAAUAUAUUCAUUGUUGUAUUUAUCUCAAUUAUCAAAUAAAGAUGAUAUUUAUGAGCAUGAAUUUCAAAUAACCCAUUUUCAAUCGUUUUAUAAUUCAAUUUUGUUCACCACUGUUAUAUAAUGAUACAUUUGUCC